AUGGAGUUGUUAAUGAGUAUAAUGCUGAUGGCUGUAGAGCGAACUCUAACGCUAUUUUUCCCGCAUCGGCCAGUGUUCAGUCGAUGGCACACGUUAACAUUUGUUGCUGUUUUAUGGAUAAUAAGUAUAUGCUUUGCAGUGCCUAUCCUUACUGAUUCGAUCCCUGUAAAGCCUUUCAAAUAUCGAUACAUCUGUGAUAUUGACAGCGGAGUGCCGAUAUUAUAUCCAGUAACGCGCAUUUUGGUUUAUGGUGGCUGCUUGUUUAUUUCAUUUAUCUGUUUUGGUGCGCUGUUGUCGCGCGGCAAUCAGCGCAAGGCGCGAUCUUUACCAAUGAAACCGCAUGAAAACUCGGAGUUUAUCAAGCAGUCCCGUGCACUGCAUGAGUUCCUCAGCCUUGUCAAGCUAAUUCGAAACAGUUACGAAGUGAUAAAGUACAGUAAUGUUUUUGAAGUACCACAAGAUGCGGAUACGGUGUUGAACUGGUUGCGAUUUGUUUAUCCGUUACUGGCACCACUCUUGGUACGUUAUUCUCACGUAUUAAGCUGA